UGUGUUCCUGGCUGUACAGCCGCUAGCAUAUCUAUAUAGCUAAGCGAUAGCUACGUCAUUGCUGGAAAAGCAUAAGCCUACUCGUUGCGAACACAGUCAGUCUAUCCACGGUCUCUUCACGUGCAUGCAUGGCAAAUAUAAUUCGCACGCAUUUCAUUACGUUUCAGUAGCAAAGUGCGCAAUUAAGAAUCAGGAUGCCAGUGAGAAUCGACUGGCCUUUGCUGGGAGCGACGGUUCUCCCGAACGUCGGCGGUUGGGCUGGGGCUUAUUACACGAAAAAGAACAUGCCUUGGUACGAGACAUUGAAAAAACCGACGUGGAAUCCGCCGAAAUGGAUGUUCGGGCCCGUGUGGACCGGUCUGUAUUGCACAAUGGGUUACUCGUCGUACCUGGUGUGGCGGGACGGGGGUGGUUUCAAAGAAGCAGCCGGGCCGCUUGCUAUUUACGGUCUCAAUCUCGCCCUUAACUGGACGUGGACACCGCUGUUCUUCGGAUGUCGCAGCUUAAAAUGGAGUCUAUACGAAAUCGUAGCGUUAUGCGCUAGCACAGCGGCGGUCGGAAUCGCGUUCUACAAUGUUAAUCACGUAGCUGGUUAUCUCAUCGUUCCCUAUUUCGCAUGGACCUCUCUCGCCACGGCGCUUAACUAUGUCAUUUACCGAGAUAACAAAGAACAAUCCGCGAUCGAGAAGUCCGUACAGGAAAAGAAAUAAGAUUAUUUACACAAUUAUAUAAAACAAAACGGGAGAGAAAGGAAAUAUAACAGACACACGCGGCAAAAGCUGCAGAUGUCUUUUAGAAAGUUAGCAUCGGAGAAAAAAUUUCUCACGAAAUCAAUACUCAUUAGUGACGGAACUAAUGAGUGCUUUGUCAUCAAUGAUUUAUGUACUUAAUCGAUGAGCAUCGAACAUUUCAUUUCGCACACAUACGUGUACAUCUAGAAAGAAAUUUUGAGAAAGCAACGACUAUCACCGCACGCUUAUCUAUCAAAAUCUAUUAUUUGUUUGCUUAUACCGAGAGUAAAAUAUAUUAUACGUUUUUUUUUUGUUUUUUUUUUUUUUUAUAAACAUCCAAAAAGAAUGCGAUAUGCAUAAAUUGCGUCGACAGUCUAGAUUUGAUAAAGCUUCUUCUGUUAAUUUUUUCUUGUUCUGAAUUUUAAACGAAAUAAUUAACCGAGAGAGAAACAGAAAACCAAUCACGUGCCUAUCACUUGUUUACAAUUAGGUAAAUGUCCCAAUUACUGGCAAUCCGAUUUUACAUGAUUUUUUUGAAUAUACAGAUUGUAUAUCAUCACACACGUUGUCUUAUUCAAGUUUUACAUCCAUUUUUACUAGGAGAAAAAUAACAGAUACAAGUACUAUCUCGAUAAGAAACUUUUUACGUCGAUUGCAAAAUUGCAAUCCAUUACAAAAAUUCGAAUUUCUUAUCGAGAUGCUGUAAUAUGAUCGUGAAAACGUUUGACCAUACAUUAAAUAUAAACAGAAAAUUUCACCGACAAACUUGAAAGUAAGUAAAAAACACAAAAAAAAAUUUAUCGAAUAACGUAAUACAUAACUGGUUGAUUCUUGAGUAACAUUUUUUAUAUACCCGCGUGUGUUCAAAAAAAUACCCACCUAUCUCUAAGUUUCUUAUACUGAGAAGGACAAAAAACACAAUAAUUUUUACACAUGGACUGCUCGUUUAAUAUAUACAAUAAUAAUAAUAAUAAUAAUAAUGAUAAUAAUAAUAAUGAUACAUUUUAAUAUAUAAAAUACACGUAAAUGAAGAAAUAUAUAAACAUAUAAGUUAUUAGAUCUAUUACCUUGAUUAUAGGUGUCAUAUCAAAAACUGUCAUUAAUAAAGUCAUUCGAUUGCCAGAAUUAGGAACCAAGCGAUUUCGAAUAUUUGCCAAUAGGCGAAGUGCAACGUCUUCUCGUCUACUAUUUUAUUUAAAUUUAUCGAAAUAAUUCUAUUCUUAGUUGUUACAUUUGAACUACAAGAAAUUGAAAAGCAAAAUCGAUCUUUCAACGAACUGAAAUAUCAUCAGCCAGAUAUAUAUACUCGAUCAGAUAUGCAAGCAAACGCUUUAAUACAAGCUUUAAUUAAUUGAGACAUUUACCCUUGUCAUUGUUGUUCGAUCGUCGCAAUUGCCGAGUUUUAAUAAGAACGUGCUUUUUUUUGCAUUGAACGCACAACGACGUUAGUAUACAUAUGUUUAUUGAUCGACAUAUGAAAUAAAGAUAAAAUCGACCACGUGUACGUACAUUACACAGUGUACAAUCGUAAAUAUCUUUUAAAUGUACUAAGUGUUAAUAAAUCAUAUAAAGAAA